UUGGCUCCGCCUCGCGCGGACAUUUGAAAACGACUUCGCGAAGAAGGCAGGCCAGAGGGAAACCCACACAACUGUUACCUUUGUAAGAAAACCCGCUUCAAACUCAGACGAAUUGAAUCUAAAAACAUUUAUAUCAUAAGUGAGACCAAAGAAUGAAAACGGGAGUAAAUUAAUCUGCCGGAUAAACUCCUGCCGAUUCCAAAGCUAACAACAUAGCUGCUAACGUCCUCGGCGGCUUAUUUUUUUCCAUCUCGAAAACAACGUUUCACAGUUUUCUCCUGUUUGUGAAGUUCUGAGCGGACAUGGCGCCCAGGAAAAGGACCACGAAGCAGCGAAAGAACAACCAGAAAAUUGAAAAACUGGAAGUUUUUUUGGAGGAUUUCGACAGCGAAGUGAAUACCAGAGUCGUUCAGAUGAAGGAAAAGAUCAACCACCUUCUGAAGGACAUCGACAACAGCUACAACAUGGCUCUGAUCAAGCUGCCCAUGGCCGUGCGGCAGAUGAAGUGGAUGGACUUCUACAAAAUGGAGAAACCCAAGACUCCAGAGGUGGACAGCGUCAGGCAGAGAGAAGAGGAAGCCGCCGUGGUCGAGAGCGUGGUGGCCAAGGACCACGCCAAUCUACCGAAGUCUGUGAAGAAAACCACGAGAAAGAAAGGCGGAGCCAAGUCCAGCUUUGAGGACGAAAACACGCCAAGCACAACCAGGAAGGGGAGAGCCGCGAAGAAGCCCCCGACCACGUCAAAGAGGGCAAAGGCGCUGACUGUCAGCAAGCAGAGCACCACCAUCCGGCGGUCCAGCAGGAAGCCUUUGGUCACUCCCGCUAGGAGCAUGCUGGACUCAUCGCUCCUGAUGGGAGCCACGCCCCUCAUCACCCCCAGCUUUGACCCAAGACUCCCCCAGACUCCUGCAGUUAGAGUUCCUCGCCACAAGGAGAGAGUCUACAGCAUUUCCGUUAACGGCUCCCCCAUCGCGGCUGGAAACGAGGACAUCGUCAUUAACGUUCCCAUCGGCAACGGCGAGAGCAUCCAGCUGCUCGCCAGUCAGAUGGACUCGGUGGAUCUGUCUCUGCUGGACGACACGGCGCUGAGGAGCAUCCGCCUGCUGCAGAACCGCCUCACCAACCUGUGCGGGACAGCGCCGUGAUGCGGACCGUAUGCAUCCGCGUGGUUUAUUGAAGACCACAUCUUUCAUUUUUAAGGACGGACCCCCCCACAGCAAAGUCUCACGUGUUCUCAGUGCUCUGAAUGUGGAUCUGUUCAAAGCUUUUCAUUCUGAAAUGUUCUUAUUCUUAUUUUUUAUUCUUUUCUCGUUGUUGACGUUUUCCAUAAAUGCAUCAGUGGUUAAAGUACAUGAACCAUUCAUUUGCACAAACAUAAAACAUUCUGACUGCAGCUUUGAUACGA